AUGCAGUUGACCGCGCCGGCAACCGGACCUCUCUUGAACGGCCAAAUUCCGCCUGCUCGUUCGGCUCCACGCUCUGCCGUCCAGGCUGCCGAGGACGAGCACUGCGGCCCAGUACAGCAGCCCGAGAGGUGCAUCGAGGCCAGCCAUGGCAGUGCAGCGUUGAAGUGUAGUCUGUAUCAAGUAAAUGGGCGUGUCCAAGCAUCUUUCCCGUGUCAAGGACUGCUCGUCCGCAACCCUCUCAGUCUUUGCCUGUGUGAAUCCAGUCGUCGCCCAUCCCCCUCGCCGUGCCCCGUCUCUUCUCCUCGGACCACGCGCCUGCGCAGGAGCGGCACCACGCUCGCCCAUGGCGCUGCAGCUAGACGCGCAAUGAACAAACCCCAAAAUGCCUCGCCCUCGCUGCACGACCCGGGCGAGAGCUUGGAUGCUACCAAUCCCUCCGCCCNNUCUUCGUCCGCACCCGCCUCGGUCUCCGCUCCCUCUUCGACUACCAGGGGCCGCGCGCCCAGUGCCUCCUCGCGCGCCCCGUCUUCGCGCGCCCACACCCCUGCCGCCCAGUCCGAGUCUGUCGAGCGCAAAUCCUCCGUCUCCUACGGCCACCACCGCCAGACGUCCAUUGUCCACGGCUACCAGCACUCCCGCAACCCGAGCCAUGUGUCCUCUACCGCUGCCAGCCCCAUCAGUCCUGGCAUUCUCCUGGCUCAAGCACCAAAAGAUGGCCCACCCUUGCGCCAAAGCCCUUCGUCCUCGACACUGAAUGCGCCCACCGACCAGGUCNCCCUACGUCGUCUUGAACGCAUGCACAGCGGCCGUAUCAAGCGGGAGCAUGAAUCCCAUUUGCACCAUCACCACCACCACAAUCACCGCCAUCACCGCUCGCGAUCGCGUCAACACCACCAACAAGAGCCCACCACUGUAGGAGAAUAUGCCCUACACCAUUUGUUGAACGAGUUCAUCAGCGAAGCCAACGACAAAAUCAACCGCUGUGUCUCUGAGCGUGAUGAUGCUUUGGUCAGAGUCGAAGCAAUCUGUGGUCCCGGCGCAGACCAUGCCUUUGACCAGCUGAUCAAGGCUCUCGGCCAUAUUGUGCGUCCCCGUCCGAAGCCUCUGAUAGACGCCCUCAUGAUCUGGCGCAAGUCCAAGAGUGACGAGAUGACCCCGAUCCAUACUCAGCUGCAGGCUGCUCGAGCUCAUGCAACCAACGUUUCUGCCACCACUCGUCGCGCAGAUUUGUCACAGAUCAGCACAAAUAGCAGUUCUGCUUCGCUACCUUCUCAUACCGACCCUGCCACCAUUGUUACCCUCGAGCAGAAUCUGCGUCAAGGCGAACGGCGCUCGGCCAUAUCUGUUUAUAUCCUUUGUCGUGUACUCAUGCAAGUCAUCUCCCAGUGCACGCUGGCUGCCUUGACCAACGACAUCGCCGAGAGGCUCGAGGAUGUCAUCUAUGGUCAGUUACGUAACUUUGACUCCGAGGCUCUUGCCUAUUCGGCUCUCAAACAAUCGCAAUGGAACAUGUUCGGCCAAUUGUUGGGAGUUAUGGGUAAUCUGCGCUUUGACAAGGUUGCCGAUCGAUAUGUCUCGGAUCUGGAGACUGCACAGAGACGCUUGUCGGUCAAAGGUAAUGCUGAUAAAGAUCUUGAGAACCGUACAGCUCUGCUUGUGCAUAGCAUGCGUUGGCUCAAGAUACAGACGCAGCCUGAAGCUGCAUGGGAUAAGUCUUGUGACCUGCUUAAUCUGUUGGCUGGCUUUNUUGCGGGUGUACAUGGUAAACCGGUCAAGUAUGCAUACUGCCAGCUGUUUGAAGAUUUGCUUCUACCAGUCGCAAGCAAGGCCACCACCGAACUUAAUUCACCCAAAUGGAGACAGGUCUUGGACAUUCUCAAAGUCAAACUGAACCAGCUCCUCGCAAAACCCAAGCACUGGGUUCAAGCAUUUCCUAUACUUGCUGUGACUAUCUGCGUAUCGCCCAACGAUGUGUUUCAGCAACAGUGGCUUUCGACCGCCCUCCACCAAUUACAGCCCAAGCUGAAGGAACGCACCACUCGGGGUCAUGCCCUCAAAGCAUUGUGUCGUCUGGUUUGGGUAUACCUCUACAGAGCUCCCGAAACCCAACUCAUUACAUUCAAANAACUCGACGACGUAAUCCGAAUGGUUUUCUUGACGGGCAAGAAGUCACUACUUUCUACUGAGCCGUCUAUUGCCGACCCUCUGAUACAGUUGAUUCGCAUCAUUGGGUUCAAGCACCAGGAUCUCUGCUUCCGAUCCAUCAUCUUCCCUCUGAUGAAUGCAGAUGUCAUAAUCACUGGUAGAGAUCGCCGUAUUGAGAAUCUCGACCCUGAGAAGAUGGUCAUCGCGAUUCGAGCGUUCCUUGCUAUCAUGACCGACCUAGAGAAGGGUGAACAGCCGCCAUUUCCCGUCGGCUUCGAGUGUGAUGCACUCACGGAUCCUUUCUCAAGAUCGCCCAAUUCCCACAGACGCUCCCUGUCUCAGAGCCAAGCUCCUGUGAACGGGGCCAAGGUCGAACGCUUGUCCAAGCCUGUAAUGACGGCUGGCUUCGGCGAUGUCGCAAAGGAGUCAUAUGUCAAGUUCUGUAAGAUCCUGGGUGAGAUCACCAUUAUCUGCGAUGAGACUUUUGGCGGACAAAAGGUCCUAGACGAGAAGUUUUCUGCCCAAGCCAUACCCAAGACGCCAAUGGCGGAUGCUUUCAGUUUCAGUCGGAGGGACGAGCUUUUCAACUCGCCUGAGGUUCGGCAGAAUUUCUACGAUCUUCUUCAUGUCGCAGUGCAAGCACUUCCUCGAUGCUUGUCUCCUCAAAUUCCUCUGAAGAACCUCAUCAACCUGCUAUGUACAGGCACUGCACACGUGCAAAACCACAUCGCUUCAUCAUCUGCACAGUCCCUCAAAUCCAUUGCACGGCAGUCUCAUGCUCAACUGGUAACGAUCGGGUUUGCUCGCUUCAUAUUCAACUUCGACGACCGCUAUGCCACCGUCUCUGCUGGCAGCCUUUUGGGUCAUGGCCAUAUAGAGAGCACUUUACGCCUCUAUGUCGAGUUGCUAGAGAUAUGGAUCGAAGAACUGAGGUCUCAACCUCAAAUGGCAACACCUGAUCUUCACGACGACGAAUUUGCUCGUGGCAUGCCCUCUGACUUGAAUCGAUCGAGAGUGUUCGCUCAUGUAGACGAGAUCGAAUCGCACGGCCUGUUCUUCCUGUGCUCGCCGUCGCGUCACGUUCGAGCGUAUGCCGUCAGAGUUCUCAGCCUCGUUACCAAGUUCGAUACUGCUCUUGGUCAGCCCUCUACACGCAUCAUCAGUGUUCUCGAAGGANGCUCACAGCAGGUAAUCGACGUCAAUGAUGAAAAACUCUCGCUAGCCGAGCGCAGUCGUUUGCAGAAGGGCCUCAGGAAGAGUAACAUGAACAAUACCCUUGUGGAGCUCUGCAGCAGCGAGACUGUUCAUGACCUGGCUCUUUGGUCAAAAGCUUUUCCCAAUUUGAUACGUUUGAGUUCGCAAAUCUGUCCUCAAGCUGUACUCUUAACAAGAGACAUUGUCUGUGCGCGCCUUUCACAUGCUCACAGAAUCAUCAGCACUUUGGCCGAUGGCCCUAGAGCCAACACAUACGCAGCCUUAGAAACCGCCUUCUCACAACGCAUGGUAGGAAGAACCGCUUUUAGUCCUCCCGAAGUCACGAUUGAGCAAUGGAAACUACAUCUCAUCUUCGCAUGCACAACCCUUACCAAUAGUGGUGGCUCGCAACAAGCGCCUGUUCCAAGAGAAAGUUCUCAACACUCACGCAAGGGUUCUAAGGCUUCUUCCAUCAGCCAAGAGAAGAUUGGAUCUGCUUACGAGCUGUUUGCAAAAGUCGUCCCUUUUCUCUCUGCCAUACAUCCAGGAGUUCGAGAGGCAGCUGUCCAUGGGCUGGGCGCGAUCAACACCAACCUUUUCCGACCAUUACUGGAAGCUCUACAACCUUCAGUCUCUGUUUGUAGCGAAGAUGCCAAACAAUGGCUGACGAUACACCAAAGAUCCAUAAACAGCCCACGACGAAGUAGGCGAAGCGACUCUCUGCGUACCGAGCUUACUCAUCUCUAUCAGUUGACAUCUCAUUGCCUCUUCGAAACCGAGGUUUAUAAUGACGAGUGGAUACUUCAGAACCUGGUCAGCUUCACCAAAGACCUUCGAAUAUUCCUCAACGAUGAGGAUGUACAGAAUCAAUGGGACUUCCAGAAGUUACGCACCUACUACUGUGGGCUUGUCGAGGUGUUGUACGAAGGCAUUCACAAGACCAAGGAUCCUAUGCGUUGGAUGCCAUUCCACGCAAGAAAAGCUGCUUUCUCAAUGAUGGAAGACUGGUGCGGCUUCUCUCCGAACCAGACUCAAAUAAGGCAGAAGGAAAACCACAUGAGGAAGUCCAUUCUGGACCAAGAACAAGAUUCCCGCAAUCGUGGAAAUGUUACAGCGAAGCUGGAGAUCGAAAAGAAAGACUUGCGGACAGCCGCUCUUAGCGCCAUGGCAUCACUUUGUGCGGGACCAGUGAUGAUUUCCACUGACGGACAAAUCACCAUGCAAUUCGACGUGCGCCGAAUGCUGAAAUGGGUGGAUGCCAUUCUCGAUUCAGCCAGUGAUAGAACGCAUGCGACAGGUCGUCGAGCACUGAAGAAUCUAUUAUGUCACAAUAGUGAGCACAGUUUUCUGCUGUCUCACUCGAUCGAGGAGUGCUACCAUGCUAAGAACCCGAAAGCGCUUUUUAGCUACUUCACUGUUGCUACCCAAGUCUUGACAGACGCGGUUGAUGACAGGAUACCUUUCUGGAAGAUUUUGAGCGCUGCCUUGUACACUCUUGGAAAUGAGAACAGCGAGAUUCGCAUGAAGUCUGCCCGUCUGUUGAGAACCCUCGAGGAACGUUUGGGCAAGAAUUCAAAGCUACAGGAUCUGGAUAUCAGUAUUUCUGACAAGACAACCGCAGUCUACAAACUGGCUCAAUUUGAGAUCUCUCGCAGAUUAGCCAAGCAGCAUGCAGACAUGGCGUUCCACGUCUUCUCGGAAUUCACUAGAUACUUUGGAGGUCUCGUACCAGAUCAUCAACGCAACAUGGUCGCAGCCAUGCUGCCUUGGAUACAGACCGUCGAGUUGCAGUUGCUUCCUACGGGAGGACCCACCGCUAGCUCGUACAUGUUGAUGGUUAAUCUCUUUGAAAUCACGGCGCGGAGUAGCAGUGUUUUGCACAACGAGAUACAAGCGCUUUGGCAGGCUCUUGCUACUGGACCAUAUGGAGGCAAUGUGCAAGUGGUUCUUGACUUUAUCAUCGCGAUAUGCCUGGACCGUAGAGAACAGAACUUUGUCGACUACGCCAAACAAAUCGUAGUGUUCCUCUCCACGACAGCGGCGGGCCUGAAAGUUAUCGAGUUUCUCUUGCUCCAAAUUACCCCCAAAGCCAUGAUUGCUGAGAAACGACCCCCACCACCGAUACCUCAGGAUCCGACAAACUUGCCAUACAUUGCAGAUCUCGCACAAGUAUUACCAAUUGGUAAUCGACAAUCUGGAUUAUCUCUAGGGCAAUUAGCCUUGAUGCUCUUGGUAGAUCUUGUAGUCUCCCCAGUACAGCUCCCCAAGAACAAGAUACCUCUCUUGCUUCAAGUAGUCGUUGUGCAAUGGGAUCACUACACGCCAUUAGUACAAGACCAGGCAAGGGAGAUGCUGGUACACAUGAUCCACGAGCUCGUCAUUUCGCAGAUUGGCUCAGAGCACACAGGACCAAGCAAGCAAGGUAUAGAAGAUUUGAUCGAGUCAAUCAGACAACACGAUCCCAAGGUUGUGUGGUCCUAUGAGGAAACUGACAACAAAGGCUCCAACAGCAAUUCCAACGGUGUACCGGAGCCCAUGGUUUUCGUUAUUGAGGAAGUGGUCAGAGUACUGAGUUUCUCAUAUGACGAUAUAAGAACUGGUGACAAUAUACGCAGAGAUUGGGCAAGGAUGAGUCUUAUUUGGGCGACGACUUGCGCCGUGCGUCACGUAGCAUGCCGCUCGUUCCAGAUCUUCCGCUGCAUCAUUGAUUCGCUUGAUAGGCAGAUGAUGGCAGACAUGCUCGCCCGUCUGACAAACACUAUUGCCGAUGACGAGAAUGAUUGUCUGACCUUUUCUCAAGAAAUCCUCAUUACGCUACGAACCAUCAUUAGCGCUCUUGAGCCCGAGGACUUGAUUCAAUACCCUCAAUUGUUCUGGACCACGAGUGCUUGUCUGGAUACGAUUUUCGAACAAGAGUUUCAAGCAAGUCUUUCGAUGCUGGAUCGAUUAUUGGACAAACUCGACCUGAGUGAUCCUGCAGUCAUCAAAUUAUUCAACGAGAAUAAGCCCGCAAAGUGGGAUGGAGAGUUCGAAGGUCUUCAACCCUUGAUCUACAAGGGGUUGAGGUCGAGUGCCUGUCUCGACCGGUCACUGGAAAUGCUUGAGAGGAUGAUCAAAUUGCCUUCCAGCAGUCUGAUCGGAGGUGACACCCGUCUCCUCUUCACACUGCUUGCGAAUCUCCCUCGUUAUCUCCAUCGCUUUGACGACGACAGUAGCGACCAAGCAUGUUUCGAGUCCGCAGACUCUCUUGCUGGUGUAGCCGAAGCUCAGCGACUGCCUGAUCUGGCCCACGCGUUGAAUGGCUUCGCAAAUCAGACCUAUCGCAAUGCGAACGACUUCUUGACCGAAGUCGUCGCUGCAGCGAAAGCCGCCUUCUUCCCUGCAAUGGAAUACCAAAGCUUGGUCUUCCUCAUCGGCCUGCUCAACAACCAGACACCAUGGUUCAGAGUCACCGUCAUGCAACUCCUGUGUGUUCUGAUUCCACAGAUCGACAUGAGACGGCCGGAAAUCGUCUCUCAGGGACCAGAUCUGAUCUCGCCCCUUUUACGUCUCUUGCAGACCAGCUACUGCCAGCAAGCUCUUGAUGUGCUUGACAACAUCAUGUCUGUCACUGGUACGCCUCUCGACAACAAGCAUCUGCGCAUGAGCAUGGCAGGGUCACAUUCGACGCGCGCGACACGCAAGGAGUACGACAGCACANAAAGUCUCUACGGCAUACCCGAGGAGUCUGGCUGGUCAAUACCGAUGCCAGCCAUCCAGGCCGACAGGGCGAGGAAGAACGUCAUGGCUGUCUACUACACCUGUCUAGACACUACGCUCGCAGAUGGCACCGAGAUAACCAGCACGCCUGAUGUCGCGUUUGCAGAAGACCAGUACGGCUCCUACUUCGAACGUUCAGUGACGACAAUGUCGGAAUCAAUACGUGCUGACGGCAGCAUGAGUGAGCUGGUACUGAAGCUGGACAGUCUGGACGAUUUCUUCGACGAUCGUAAACCUCCCACAANNCCAGGGGAGAAGUCCCGAGGCUCAAUCGAGGAUCGCGAGAACAUCUACGAGCAGCAGACUCUUCCAAUCCUGCACAAGUCGCUCAAACGAAACGCUUCGGUGACCUCGUUCCAGAACGGGUUUUCGGAUACAAGGUUUGGUGUCGCUCGUGAACCGCUCGUGAUGAAUCCUGGCGCAUUCGCCUCGAAUUCAGCCAUAGUUGCCACAAGACCGGCCCUUCACGCGAGAUCAGUGACUUCGCCGAUGACUGCAAUGCAUCACAUGCCUCGAGUGACCACAGAUCUACAAUCCGAAGAAGACACUGCCGACGAGCCCUUCUCUGACGACGACCUCUCGAUCUCGCGCAUGGCGACGUCUGAUGAUGCCAUGUCGGUUCACAGCAGCAAUUCUCGAGCUCCUUCUGCAGCAGGGCUGCGAGCGGGAUUCCGGUCUGGCAUGAGGAGACUUACUGGAGGGACAACUGAUCGCCGAGAUGUCAAAGGGCUGGUGCGCUUGAGUCCACAAGUACCACGCGUCCCUACCGUCUGGUUAAGCAACCCAAAGAGCUCAGAACUCUAG